UGCCUCACGGGCUGGCGGGAGCCGGGCCCGGCCAUGUCCGACGCGUAUUUCCCGGUGGGGCCCGGGCUGGGCAUGGAGGAGAAUUUCCUCUCGCUGGACGACAUCCUGAUGUCGCAGGAGAAGGUGCCGGGCCGCGCCGCGAGCGCGCUGCCGCGCCUGGCCGUGAUGCUGGGGCAGGGCGCCGGCAGCGCCGAGUCCGUCCCGGAGGGAUCGAAGCUGGAAAUGCCACUGUGGCUUGCUAAAGGGCUGCACGACAGCAAAAGGAGAAUCAUCUCUGUGGAACUGCCGAAGAUUUACAGGGAAGCCUGGAGGACGGUGUUCAGUGCUGAUGCCAAUGUGGUUGAUCUGCAUAAAAUGGGGCCCUACUACUAUGGAUUUGGCUCACAGCUCCUGAAUUUYGAGAAUCCAGAGAAUCCUGAGAUAGCUCAGACUAUCCUGCAGACGUUCACUGCCCGUUUCCGCCGCAUCAUGGACUCCUCUCAGAACGCCUACAACGAGGACACGUCAGCGCUGGUGGCUCGGCUGGAUGAGCUGGAACGGGCUCUCUUUCAAGUGGGCCAGAAAGGGCUGAAUGACUUCCAGUGCUGGGAAAAGGGACAGGCUUCUCAAAUCACAGCCUCCAGUCUGGUGCAGAACUAUGGGAAAAGGAAGCUCGCAGAAGUGGAUGGUUAAAAACCUGAAGAACAUGGACUUACAGUGGGGGACACAGAAUUACAGUCUGUCUGUUGUAGGAGAGAAAAAUGAAUCCAUUUAGGGAAGGACAGGCUCCCUGUCCAUUAAUGGGAAUUUUUCUCUGUAAUUUUGGAUUUGACUAGUGAAAAUUUUAAAGGCAGAGGGCAAGGAUAUAAAAAAUAGAUUACAUCACUGAAUAGCCUUGCAGCUUACUCAUAGCACUCCUGAGGAGUUGCAGCUAAGURUUUGCUAGGUGGCUGAAAGACUGUGAGAGGAUUUUCUAAAAGGGUAAUAAAUAUUAAUUAUUCUUCSAAAUUAAUGUUUACAACACCAGAUCUGGMAAGAAGUGUAAUUUAUAURUUUCAUCUUGCUCUUCCUGUCCCARCUUCCUGGAAACAACUGUUGAUUCCAUAAACAGCUGCUUUCAGGUUCCCUGUCUUUAGAGAGCCCCAGUGAUGUGGAAAAAACUGUGACACAGCAUUAAUUUUUUUUUCAUUUCUUGUACACUGAGGUGGAACAGGUGCUCUUUCUGAGGCAGGAAUGUUUUUCUUUGCUGACUUCUGUACACAGUGCCAGUGCCCUGGAGAGAAAUACCUCCUUAAGCCCACAYAGCAAGUGGCUCUGCAGGUCUAGUSCUGCCUUGUCCUCUCUCUCCCUUUUUGGCCCUUGUGACCUUGGUGCUGUGCAAUAAAGAAUGUUCCUGUUUGA